AUGUACGCCAGUAAAGUGGGAAAAUUUCAGAGCCGACUGCCAGUGGUGGCAUGGCGUGAGUGUCAGGAUGCAACGGAAGGAUCAAAGGGCAGCAAGCCAGAAGCCUCAACAAACUGGAUGCAAUUACUCGAUAGCUAUAUAUCCCGAUCGCAUAUACACGGUUUAUAUGUUCUGUUUUUACCAACCAUGCGACGACGCAUGCGAGUUCUCUGGUCUUUGGCCUUGAUGUGCGCCUGCUCUGUGCUGAUUUAUGUGAGCUAUCUGUUGGCGGAGCGCUAUAACAACAGGCACUUUCAGACCAUAAUCGCCCACUCACAUGCCCCCAUCCAGCAGAUUGCCUUUCCAGUGGUCAUAAUAUGCAACAAGAAUCGCCUGAAUUGGUCACGAUUGGCAGAGGUUCGAAGUCGAUACAACAUUACCGCAGCCCAGGAGCCACUGUUCGAGCGCAUACUAACCGCCUAUGAUGGUUUGAGUUUCCAUCGAUUUAAUGUCUUUGAUUCGCUGGCGAAUCAGCCGCUGCAGUCGCUCAAUCAUCUGAAUUUCACGCAGAUUGUCAGCGAUAUGGCCUGGCAAUGUGAUGAGAUCCUGAGCGAUUGUAGCUGGCAUAUGGCCGCAUGGAAUUGCUGUCAUCUUUUUCGGCCACGUCGCCUGCCUUUGGGUCACUGUCUGGCCUUCAAUGAGCUCGAACAGCGACGCAAUGCUGCCUAUGGCAUUGGUACGGGACUGUUGGUACGCCUACAACUUCACUCAGAUCACCAUGCACCGGGGAAUCUGCGUUCCAAGGGAUUUAUUCUCAACGUGGUGGAGUCCUCUGUGUGGUUUGGUGAUCCCAUCGCGUUGGUGCCACACACACGCACCAAUGUGGCGGUUAGCGCUGUCUAUCAUUACUUUGAUGAGGCAACCCUGAGCCUGCCCUCAAGUCGGCGCCGCUGUGUGAUGGACUACGAGCAGGAGAGCGAUCACUUUCACACUCUGAUGGGGCAGAAGUACAUGCAGGAGAACUGUCGGGCCGAGUGCCAGCAGAGGUACCUGCUCCGCUACUGCAACUGCACCUUGGACCUGUUCUAUCCGCCCUCGAAUUACACCGCCUGCCAGGCAAUCGAUCUGCCCUGCCUUGCGGCCCACAAUCACUUGCUGCAGAACAUUGAACAGUCCGGCGAGCAUCCCUAUGUCCACACAAAGGAUGCGGGUCUCAUUUGCGACUGUCUGCACAACUGCAAGUCGCUGACUCUCGUGACGGAGCUGCGAAAGAGCGUCCUGCAGCCAUGGCAGCAGGUCAACGCAUCGCUGGUCAAUGGCAUGUGGCUAAAUGUGUUCUUCAAGAAGCCCUCCAUGUUGAUCUACAAAACGAAUCUGAUCUACACUUGGGUGGAUUUGUUGGUUUCAUUUGGUGGCAUUUUUCAGCUGUGUCUCGGCUGCUCCAUGAUCAGUCUCCUUGAGUUUCUCCACUUUGGACUGCUCCAAGUGCCGCGAUUUUAUUGGCAGAGGUUGAGGCAUAUUAAAAGGAAAUAA